AUGGAAACGCUCGCCCCCCUCUCUCUGUCCGCAGGCCGUGUUUAUUACUUCAACCACAUCACAAAUGCCAGCCAGUGGGAACGGCCCAGCGGCAGCGGGAAGAACGGCCAGGGGGAGCCUAGCAAAGUGCGAUGUUCGCAUCUCUUGGUGAAACACAACCAGUCCAGAAGACCCUCGUCGUGGAGGCAGGAAAAGAUCACGCGGACCAAAGAUGAGGCACUGGAGCUUAUAAAUGGCUACAUCCAGAAGAUAAAAUCGGGAGAAGAGGAUUUUGAAUCUCUCGCUUCCCAGUUUAGCGACUGCAGCUCAGCAAAAGCAGGGGGGGACCUGGGUGCGUUUGGAAGAGGUCAGAUGCAGAAGCCUUUUGAAGAUGCCUCAUUUGCGCUGAGGGCUGGGGAGAUGAGCGGCCCAGUUUUCACAGAAUCAGGGAUCCACAUCAUCCUCCGCACAGAGUGAAGUGCCUUGGUGACGUGUUAGAAAGGAAAGGGCGAGGGGAAGAAAGGAAAUACAAAACAAAAAACCAAACCAAACCCAACCCUACUCCAACCCUGCACUCUCCCAGAGGAACUUCAUAUCCAGUUAAAAAAGCAAAAAAAAAAAAAAAAAAAAAGAAAAAAAAAAAAAAAAAAAGCAGCUCAUUUCAUAUCUCGAUAUCUUCUGUGGCACCCGACACCGUGUUUGUCACCUGCAGAGACGCAUGGUUAGCCGAGGGCGAGAACGCCAUCGGAAUAAGACAGUAGCAUCCUUCAGGAGCAGAGGGGAAUGUUCAACCCGACGUUCCUGGCAUGCCCCAGCUGCUUGAGUUCCAUUGCCGUGUCUCCUAAAGCCGAGGAUGCUAACGGUCGCCCU